UUGGUUUACAAUCUCUGUAAAAUUUCAUCAAAGUAAAGCCCGCAAGUAAUUUGGCAAGAAACAGUAGCUUAAUUUGUUGCUAAAAGCACCCCCCUUUGCUAUCUUAGAAACAAUGGCUUUGAAAUUACUUUUCUUGGUCUGCCUUAUGGUUGCUGUAAUGGCAGCUCCAAUGGCUGAAGCCCAACUUGGGAUUAUCAGCAGCCUCCUUGGUCUAAUCCGCAUACAAGGGACUUUGUAUUGCACUCCCAAUGGCAAUAUGGGAGUCAAUGGCACUUCAACCCCUGUCUUUUCCAAUGCUCUUGUACAGCUCCAAUGCGGGUCUGGAAACGUGGUAUCAAGUGCAACAACAAAUAGCUCUGGAAUAUUUUCCAUAGUUUUGGAUCCACUCCAUUUUGUUCUGUCUUCAUUGUUGUCAGAUUGCAAACUUGUGGUUUCGACACCACUCUCAACCUGCAAUGCCAGUUUGCCUUCUGCUGGGGGUCUUCUCUCAUCGUUGCAGUUCAUUGGGAACACCGUUCUUGGUCUUCUCAACAUCUCCAACAUCAUUCCCUCUGGAUUCCAGUUCCUCCCAUCACUUUAAUUAAGAACCAACUUUUUAAAUAAUUAAUAACAUAUAUCUAUAUCUAUAUCUAUAUCUAUAUCUAUAUCUAUAUAUAUAUAUAUAUGUGAGCAGUUCAAUCUAUAGUCAAUAUUAUCUGUAUGAAUAACCUCCAAUGCAAAUGGUAAAUGUCAUGUAUUUUUCUUGUUGUUUAUGUAUAACAAAAGUUUGUGAGGAAUUGGGUUUGAGAAUAAAUAUAAUAAUAAUGAAGUAUUUUAUA